CACUGCUUAUCAGCAAUUGCAUCAGGUACUCACUAGAACUCUAGGAUUGCGCUGCAGUUUGAAUAUUUCCGCCACCAUUCAAAAAUUGAAAGCAUGCAGCUCAAGUUUUACGCAGUUUUCGGUUUACUUUUGUUUUCCAUCGUGUUUGAAGACCAUACAGUCGGUGGUCAGCAGCAAGAAAACGACAAAGUUGAUUCAAAUGCCAUCGGACAUCGUCGUGUGCCCCGAUCCCUUUUACUAGUAAAAACGGCGGUUGUAGCUGGAGCCAUUGGAAUAAUCGCUGGCCUCAUCAUUGGCCAUAAGAAAUCCAGGGAGAAAAAUCACAUUCAAUCUUGGGGUCAUCACCACCAUUAUAGAAGGAGAUCAAUCAGUGACAGCAGUAACGAAACUGGUUCUGUCACUUCGAAAUACGACGAUUCUGAGCUGCUAAGAGCCGCUAAAAUUUUAGAUCAACUUGGUUGUGGUGGUCGCCUUGUCUGUGAACUACAUCAGCAAAGGAAAGAGGAUCUCAAUGAAACUGGGCGCAAAAUCAUUCAACUAUUCGACGAGAAACAACCCCCUACAAUUGAACAAUUAAAGACGGACUCGAAAGCAGCUUUCCGGUAUGCAGCUUUUGUCGGAGCAAGUGUUCCUAAAGAUUUGAAAAUCUGUUCUCAUCUGUUUCCAAAAUGUCCCAUAACCACAGAGGCUGUUGCACAUGCAUUUAAUAAUCCAACUGUUGUUAAAAGCGUUUAAUAAUAAUUUUAGGUUCCGAAAGCGACAAGAGUUAUUAAUAACAUCUAUCGGUAUUCGUCACGAUAGCAGGAUAAGAUUAAUACAAAAGAACCUAAUCUAAUACAAUCAAACCUACGAGACCGCCCGCAAUUCCUAAAUGCAGCUCAUGUUAUAUUAGUCCUUACGAAAAGAUCGUUAACGUUAUUAUUGUUUGAAUAAUUAUGGUUACUUGAGCCUGUGUUUUCCAGUGGGUUUGAGCGCCCCACCUAUGGUAUGUACCUGUUGGAGGCCGAACCCCUGCAGCUACAGAACCACGAAUAUACGUAAUCAUGAAUGA